AUGUUCGCGUUGGCCGCCAGGAACAUGAAAAUUCCGUUCCAUAGCGUGUUGGGACCUGUGCUGACCAAGAACAAGAUGCACAUCAAUAAAAUUUGCUCGCAUCCGAUUUUUGGGUUUGUUCCUGUUUACGUGGGCGCGUUGGGCAUCAUCGGGGUGGUUUUGAGUAUAUUUGACAUAAUAAGGAUAAUACGGUGCGGGUCGAUUUUGCCUGGUUACUUAUGGAGGGAACGGAUUAAAAACGGUCAGUUUAUAUCGCCAGAGGUGGAACGCGAUUGCAAAAUGAUAUCGCUGGUCAUAUCCACCGAGUACUACCUUUUUCUUCUAGUCGGUCUCGUUACGAACAAUCCCGUCUUUUACAUGCCCUAUUUAGCGCUGUACUCGCUCAUAAUCACGUUGGAGGUGAUAAUAUUUCUUACGAAAGUGUUUGUCGAUGGCGUCGAUUUUAAAAAGUGCGGCCUGGUCAUGUCCCUGUUUAUGGUGUUCAAUUGGACGUCCGUGUUCUGCACCCUCGCAAGGUCAACGUCGUGUUGCGACUUCUAA